AUGGCGAUACCAAACAUUAGCGACAGCUCUAAAAACGGGCUCCUGAAGCACGCUCGAAAGACCAAAGUCAGUGACUUGCCAGGCUCGUUACCAACAACUCAGAUUCCUGCAGAUGUGGACAUUGAAGAAGUAGCUCUGUCUCGACUGUCACGUCUCUUAUCACUCUCUGAAGAGGAUCUCUUAGACUCAGUGAUCUGGAGGGACUCCCUAGCAUUAACCGGCACAUUCCGGACUUUUUACAGUGCCAGAGGCAUUAUAAAAGCAUGGAACAAUACAUUCAUCCAGCAGAGCGCGAUAGAUCUGACCUUGGUUCCGAAUACAGCGCGCCUUUUCAAGCUACUCGACGAAUCGUCCUGGAUCGAUGCAGAUUUUACUUUUCAAAGCCACUCUGGUGGGCCUCACCGUAGAUGUUCUGGAAUUAUCUCCAUCUCUUUUGAUGAGAAUAAAGGGUGGAAAAUCUGGAUGAUUCGAACUACCCUUGAAGGUAUCGAAGGCUAUGGUAACGUCGAUGUCUUGGAUCCUGUGGUGUCACCAGAAGCCGUUAACAAGACCACCAAUGGUGUCGAUGGCCGGGCAAAGGGGGAAACCAAGCAGGAAACUACGCAGCAUUUUGAUGUCAUCGUAGUGGGUGGCGGUCAAGCGGGACUUGGAAUUGGAGGCCGGCUGCAAGCGUUGAAUGUCUCUUAUCUCGUGAUUGACAAGUUUGAGGCGGUGGGAGACAGCUGGAACUCAAGAUAUGAUUCCACAAAGCUUCAUACAGCUCGAGAAUUCGGACACUUGCCAUUUUACCGGACAUACGAUGAUUCGUACCCCGAAUUCUUGACAAAAGGAGAUAUUGCUAGAGGUCAUCAGGACUAUGUAAACAGAUUUGGCAUUAACGUCUGGCAGUCAACUGAACUCGUCUCAAGCUCAUGGUCAAAUGAGAAAAGGAUAUGGACCUCGCAUUUGGUUCGGGGGACGGAAGACAUCAUAUUGACAACACGUCACCUGGUCUUUGCUAGUGGUUCGGCAGGGCGGGAGCCCGUAAUGCCAUCUUUACCAAAUCAAGAACAAUUUAAAGGGCUUGUUCUGCACUCUUCUGACUAUCACAACUCUCAUCAGUGGAAAGGACUCCACGGAGUUGUUAUAGGCUCAGCGAAUACCGGACACGAUGUCGCCGAUGACAUGUUAAAUGCGGGGCUCUCAUCGGUCACCAUGGUACAAAGGAGUCGAACAUGGGUUCUUCCAGCUGAGCACUACAUGGUGCUCAUCAAGGCGUCCUACAAUCCCGAUGUACCUACCGAGAAAGCUGAUCGGGAAAACCUCUCCCUUCCUGUGUCCAUUCGUCGUCAGAUGGCAAUGAAGUAUCUUCAUACUAUGGCCCGAAAUGAUAGCGAACGAUUUGAUGCAUUGGAAAUGGCAGGUUUCAAUGUCGAAAGAUACGGAGAUAUUGCGAACGUCUUGUUUGAUCGGCUGGGCGGACACUACAUGGAUGUGGGCACAUCUGCCAAGAUCAGCCAGGGAUUGAUCAGGGUAAGAUCAGGGUCCCCUCCCGCAAGCUAUACGCCCGACGGGCUUGUGCUCGAAGAUGGCACAGAGCUCAAGGCAGACGUCAUUGUCUUCACUACAGGCUUUGUCCAGAACAUGCGCACCAUAGCGGGUCGGAUAGUGGGACCAGAGGUUGAAGCUCAGCUGAAAGACUUUUGGGGGCUGAACGCUGAAGGUGAACUCAUCGGAGCAUUCAAAUAUACAGGGCAUCCAGGCGUGUGGUACACUGGGGGCGAUAUUGGUUGUGCGAGAUAUUUCAGUCGAUUUGUCGCUCUACAAAUCAAGGCACAAUUGAUGGGGACUCCUCUGCAACUAUAUGAGGCAUGA